AUGGCACCGGCAGCACCGGCGGCUGUCAAACGCGCCACUUACGACGGCUCACGUCCUCGUUUUGAGUCUCUUGAAGCAUGGCUGAAUGUCUACGGCAAUGCUGAGUACGCUAUCUACAAGCGUGAUGCAGCACCCAAGGCGUUGAGCUACGAGGACUGGUCAAAAUCGGAGCACGUACUUGGCCCGUUCUUAUGGUAUACGACCUUAGAUGUUUGGGAAGAAGACUCUUCGAGCGACGAAGAGUCUGACGUGGAAGCACCCGCAUUCACUGCACAUGUUCCACCGAAGCAACAGCCGAAGAGAGCGGCGAUGAUGAACGGACACGGAAAGCGUGGCGCCGCCAAAUCAUCACCCUCUGUCGCGCAGUCGAAAUCAGAGGAUGCGGCAGCUGCGGCGAAGCGCAAGAGGAAACCCAAAAAGCCUUAUCUUUCUGAAGACAUUGUCGUGUCAGACGUCAGUGACGAAGUCGAAGAGUCAAGUCCAGCUGUCGAGGUUCCGCCUAUUGUAACGACAAUCCCAACCAGUCCUACUAAUGGGCGACGGAAGUCGGGUGGGCGUAGGAAGAAGCACUAUCUUUCCGCAGAAAUCAUUUCACCUGAAGAUGAGGAUGAUGAUCCUAUGGCAAUGAACCAUAUUGUCGCCAGUGCAUCGACUGCCAACGAGCCUAGUGCGUUUGUCGUAUCAAAAGAUGAUGAUGAACUAGUUGACGCGCCUACUGAUGCCACUACCACGCCAAAGAACGCUGCCGCUUCACCCGACGGUCCGGGCUCCUCCUCGAGGCGAGGACUGCGCACCCGCACGCCCGCCCAACAGCGACCGUAUUUUCACAACGCGCAGGUUUUCGAUGAUCUAGUCUCUGAUGAACCCGAAGCAGACACUAAUUCACAACCAUCUCCUCCCAAACCCAAACAGAAACUCAAGCUGACCGGCCUGGCGCAAGUUUCAUUUCCUGAAGUUGAAGAAGAACGACAAGAACCAGAAGGACCCAUAAUUGAACACAAUGAUGAUGAUGAACUCAUGCUUGAGCCCGAAGAGCCUCAGCCUGCGAGGAAGGCUCACUACAAAGGCAAAGGUCGAGCGUGGAAGAAGACUUCAGAUGAUGAGGAUCAAGACUACAAAUCCCCAGUCAAGGUCAAGUUGGAUCAGCCGACGCGAAAGCUUGGGCGAAGAAAGUCAACUCAAACAAUAGAAACGCUAGCCGAUGCACUGGGGAGCGAAGAAUCUCCACAGCAACUGCGACAGGACGAAGAAGAGGAGAAGCAGGUCGACCCGGUCCCACAAAGCCCCGCGGCAAAACCCGGCAAGAAGCCGCGUAAGCCACGAAAGAUAUCUCAUUUGUCUGAAGAGUUCGUAAGAGACGAUUCAGACACUGCGCCUGAUGAGCACAAAGGACCAGCGAGGAAGGUUGAGCCCGAGAAGACACAAUCGAUUGGACUUGUAAACCUCGCGCAGAAGACGCCCAAAAAGAGAGGCCGCCCCAGGAAGUCGGAUCAACCUACGCCCAAUUCUAAAAACGCAUACACGACAACGAACGAUGAUCUCAUUGUAGCUGCGAAGGAAUCGCGAGUCAGAGCGCCUGCAAAACCAGCACCAUCACCCAAAGAGAACGCAACGACAUCAAUCACAAAAGCAGCGGAUGAAGAAAGCAUCAAGCCAGAAGCCAACGGAAGAGGGCAACCCAGAAAGUCCGCAACACCAGGAAAGAUGGCAAAGGCCGAUUAUCUUGAUUCAACGCUUGCAACGCCAUCCAAGAAGACAUCUGAGAGAUCGGCAGAGGUCAUUUCGCUAUCAGGAUCCGAUGGUGAGGAUGACAGCGAGCCGGAAGUCAUCUCGGGAAAGAACCCGAGCCGUCGCAUGGAACGUACACUUACUUCAGAUCUUCAAGCGCUCGACGAGAGCGGGAAAGCAGUGACUCUUCCCGGCCCCCCCGUUACAGAAGCUUCGAAACCAGCUAAUCCGCCGCUCGAUUCUUCUUAA